GCUCCAGCACCCCCCGCCCCCCUCUUCCUCAUCUGCACGCGCCUGGCAAGGUGCCCAGAACAGAACCUGCGGCUGCCAAGUGAGUCCACUUCAUUAAUACUCCACAUAGCGCAAAGUGAUUCAACAACACAAUUAUGUGAUAAGUGUGCCAAAACUACCUGUAGCAAACCAUCUUGAAGGAAACCCAAACAUUUGACCCGAUUAAAGAGCAGUUGUGCCAAUUUCAUGAAAUGUCGGAACAUUUCUCAGAGGAAAAGUUAAAUAAAUAAAUAAAUAAAUAAAAAUACAGAAAUCGGAAUAAAUAUCUCAUUCAUAAUUCUGAGAUUUAGCAAACAGAAAUACUCGUUGUGGUAAUCUAAUAGCAAGGGGAGGCGCGUACUUUCAUAAUGUGUGUGAACAUCAAGCCUCGAUUGUAAAUAUAGAUGCAACUGAGUGAGAAACACCACGACCAACAUCCUCUGUUACUUUUGUUGCUUUUAAAAGAUAUCGGAUGUAAAAGUUAAUUGUUUCUGUAUCGACGUCGACGCCGGGGCUUACGGACGUCAUCGCUUUCUGCGGACAAAAAAAAAAAAAAAACGUGGAGUAAGAGUUCUUUAAAGCGCCAGCUGACGCGACACCUUUUCAGCACCACGGACAGCUUCGCUCUGCAAACUGGGCAGCUGGCGGCGCGGCUAUAAAAGCCCGCACGGAUGCCUCGCUCUCUGCACCAGAGAUCCGCACUGACGACAUGAGUCAUAGGAUGGAUGACAGGUUCGGCUUCCCGCGUAGAGCCCUUCUCGAUACGUAUUCACAACACAAGCCGCCGAGACGAUCGGAAUUAGAAACCGGGAGGGCUUCCGCGGACAUGAGCUCCCCACACGCCGGAUCUGAAAAGCGCAACGAGAAAGAGCUGCUGCACGGCUUGAACGACCGACUCGCAGGUUUCAUAGAAAAGGUGCACCGGCUCGAAAACCACAACCAUCUCCUGGAGAGGGAAAUCGAAGACAUCAGAGGGAAAGUGAAGCCCGCGUCUUGUUUGGAGGAGGAGUAUGGUCCGGAGCUGGGGAGGCUGAGGCAGCUGCUGCGGGACAUCACCCACCAGAAGAACCAGAUUGAGAUCGAGCAUCAUAACCUGGAGGAAGAGCUUUCCACCUUGAGGAAACAGCGUGAGCGGGAGACGGAGAGCAGAUCAGAGGCUGAGAGCAGCAUAGUGACCCUGAAGAAAGACAUGAGCGAAGCGUACCAGGCCAAACUACUGCUGGACCGGAAGGUGGAGUCCCUCGUGGAUGAAAUCAACUUUCUGAAGAGAAACCACGAGGCCGAGGUGUCGGAGAUGUGUGACCAGAUUCAAGGGGCUCAGCUCAAAUUUAAAGCGCACGAAUUUGGCCAUCCCGGCGUCACUGCGGCACUCCGGGACAUCAGGACGCAGCUGGAAGGUCACACCGGGUCCGACGUCCAGCUGGCCGGGGAAAGUUUCCGAGUUCAGUUUGCUAGACUGACGGAGGCCGCCGAGGCCAAGAGGGAGGCGCUGAAAGCGAGCCAGCGGGAGAUUCAGGAGUACAAGAAGCGUCUGCAGGGCAAGAGCAUCGAGCUGGACUGCGCCAAAGGCACCAGAGAGGCUCUGGAGGCGCAGCUUCACGAUGUCGAGGAUCGCCACAAGGAGGAACUUAUUCACUAUCAGAACACAAUCAAAGAGCUUGAAAAUGAGCUGAUAAACUGCAAAUUCGACAUGUCCGGCUACCUGAGGGAGUACCAGGACCUCCUGAACGUGAAGAUGGCUUUGGAUGUGGAGAUAUUGUCAUACAGGAAACUCCUCUGUGGCGAGGAGGCUCGCCUGUCCUCCGUCUCCGACCCUCAGGUCCCCUUACCCCACAUCUACCACCAAUCACCUGUUUACACCCUCCCCAGCUUCAGUCGACCAGGAGUCACGCAGAGGCGAGCAGAGCCCAAGUACAAGUUUGUGGAGGAGAUCAUAACAGAGACCACCAGGGAGAUCGAGAUGUCAGAGUUUGAGGAGACGGGAUCAGAGGAGACGGAUGUGGGGAAGGACGAGCAGGAGUGUGGAAAAAGUGAGAAAGGGGGCAGCGAGGAAGAGGGUGAUCAUCAGGACAGUCGAGAGGACGAAGGAAACCAGAUGUCUGACCGUCAGCAGAGUCAAGUAGCCUCCGGUGAAAAGCUGGAGAGUGAAGGUGAUGGAAAGGCAGCCGACGACGAGGAGGAUAAUGAAGAACAAAACCACAGCGAAGAAUCAGAGAAGACAGCGGCUCUCGGCGGUGAAAACAUGGACACAGAGGUAGAUAAUAACGAACCAGUUGAGGACAUGAAGGAGAAAGAAACUGCAGGGGAACCUCAUAAAACAGACAUCUCUUCAAAACGGCAUGACUCAGAUGAAUCAGAGGGAUCUCUGGUUAAAUCUGAUGAGGAUAAACAGGGAUCAACUAAGGAAGAAAGCGUUAUCGCAGUACAAAGUGUGAAGCCUACUAAUGAAACCGUGGUUUCAACAUCUGAGGAAGAUAACAAAACUCUACAGCACGGUGGUGUAGAGGUGCAGGAGAAAGCCAAAGAAUUGAGGGGAGAAGCAGUUGUGUUGACAAAGACGGAGGGAUGUGUAGAAAUUGCAAAAGCGCCUUCUACUGCACCAGAAAACGAGGAGAAAGACGUGAGCCAAACGGAACAAAAAGAAACUACGAAGACUGAUUCUGCAAAAGUCGAGGAAGAAAACGCAAAAAGCACCGCGGAGGCCACACGGGAAAGCAAUAAAGACCAAGAUAAAUCCCCAUCUUCCAAAUCUACAGCGAAAGCAGAGGGUGAGCAGCCAGAGAGAGGUGGCAAAACCCAGAUCACUUCAGCUGCUUUGCAAAAGGAAAAAACAUCUGUGACUGCAGAAACAAAAGAGUUACAGCAGGCGCCUGCAGACGGCGGCCAGACUCCGAUUUAAAAUCAGAAGAUUCAAAAGAAAAAAAGAGAAAAAAAAAAGAGAGAGCUUCUGCUGAAGAACGAAUGGACAAUAAAACGUUGCAUUCAAAGACAUGGCAGCCAAAAAUAGAGAGCUCAUAAUGCAAAUGUAUAAUUUUGGCACCAGCAGUCGAGCGCAAAGAACAAUGCAAAGUACUAGAAUGUAUUGUCAGCAUUCUUGUUUUAAAAGAACAGAAUAGGCUUCAUUUUUUUGCAGCAUGACUGAUCUCAAAGUUGAAACUGGACUUCAAAUGUCUUGAAACAACAAAAACUAUGAAUGUAGAUGCAUUUUGGUCAUUUGUUUGAAUGACGUUGACUUUGCUAUGGUGUGUGCAAAUAAAAGCAUUAAAUCAUUUAUUGAUUCUGGGAAAUUUUUCUAAAUUUAUGUUGCAUUUCUGAAACAGACAAGUCAACAGAUUCACAUGCAUACAUGGAAACACUGUUUUUCUAAAUGUUCACAACUAUGAGGUAACGUUUUUAGAUCAGCACAUUUCUGAAUUACAUAACAGACUCCUAUAAUCAGAUGUGUAUUUUGAAAAAAAUGCACUGAAAACAAAUUUAAAAAAAUCUGUGUGCACCUUGAACUAAUGCUUUAGUGAACUUAGCGCAUUUUAGAAGACCAACACAUUUUCUCUGGGAAAUUUUUACAGAAUCUUAUGUCCUAUCGCAAGCCAAUUUGUGUCAAUUUUGCAGGAUGUUACACUAACUUUUUGCAAAACUUUGAAAUAAUUUAGCACUUUUUUUUUAAAUACCUCACAAACCCCUAAUAUGAGGUUUGCACACUUUAUAAAUGCAUUAUAAUUAUCACUCUGGUGGACAGUCGUGACUUUAAAGACUUUAUUGAAAAUCCAUACAUACACAAAGGGACCUCAAGGACUUCUUUACAGGAUUGGUCUCCUCUCGGAACAGAAACACAGCUUUACAUGGUGCACUUUACUCCUCCAAAUAAUUGUAUAGUUUGGCAUCACUUGAACAUUAUGUGCUCCACAGUUAAUCAAUCUGUUGCUGCAUAAUUAACAAAAUAUAAACUCUGUUUGGGCGAGCCAGCAUGCAGGUUUCUCUCCCACUAUAAGUAACCCCAAACCUGAUCAGUUUAGGGUAAGGUCACAUGUGUAGCUUUGCCAAAAUAUCCCAGCCUCAAACGUCGACAAA